AAAAAACCAAGCCCCCAGAAGUAGAUCUCUCGAAGGCGAAGUUACCAUUCCUCAGAAUAUCCUAUGCGUGACGCAGAACUCGAGGGAAGGCGUCAGCAGGAAGCUAGAAAAGAUUCACAAGACUCCCUGGGGAAUGGUAAAGGAAAUCAUUCAGUCUCGCCGCGACAACGCUACCCAGCGGCCGUUGCCCCACGUGAAUGUCCGCAGCGAGGAUGGUUAUUCGCUCUCGAGCCACGGAUCGUCAGAUGUGAUUCACGAAAUCCCAGGGGGCGAGGCCCAGAGACCAUCGACACCGGUGCAGCGCUGCACCGGGGCGCCACAGCUAACCACGAGUCCAGAGCUGUCCCCACCGACGAGCCCCACGCUCCGUGCCUUACCGAUCAUCGAAGCCGUGGACUCGGGCGUCGGCAAUUUAGCCUCGCGCCGACUCACCCCGACGCUGACGAUCACCCUGCCGUCGAACGAAGAGCUACGCAGCGCCUCGUCGCCAGAGUCGGCACCCCCGCUACACCAGCGCCGCCAGUUGGACGUGAAUUCGACGAGUUCGACGACCGACGAUAGCUCGUCUGCCUCAAAGUUCCGUCCUGGUGCCUACUCGAGCAGAGCUGGUCCGGGGGAGUCGUCGACGACCACUUCGGGGGCGGAGAGCACCAGGCCUUGGCGACGCCCCGACUCCAAGUGGAACAAGGUGAAGCGGGCCUUCCUCACCAGCGCCUCGUCCGUGCCACCCAGUCCCAGUAGGCUGUCCUCGUUCUUCAACGAAACCGACGGCGGCGGCAGUUACAGUGCGAGCGCGGAGGAGUUGGACAACAACAACGAGGGCACGAGCCCCACGACGCAGGCGGACAUUCAGCGCAACUACCGGAUCCUCCACGACAAGCUGAGCUUGGAGUUUCAUCGAAAGCUCACCGAAUGGGACAAGCUGAAAAACGUCUCGGGCACCACCGGCUCGACGCGACCCCUCACCUCGCCCAAGGACAAGGACGCGGCGAACGCCCUUCUCAUGGGCGAGGGCCAAUUGACGCCCGAGUUCCGCAAGAAGCUCCAAGAGUGGAAGCGCAUCAAGAAAGGCUCCUCCGCGUCUCCGGAGCAACAGCCGUCCCGCCGGAGGUUGGCCGACUGGCAAAUCUGGAGGACGACCGGCAAAUCUGACGGAAAAACCGACGCCGAUGCUCCUGGAAAGGUUCACCUGUCCGACGACUUUUUGAAGAAAAUGGAGGAGUGGAAGAAGAUAAAAGCCACGCGUCCCGAGGAAGACCAGACCUCCAGUAGUAGAAGAGGCUCGGGGGAGGCGCACCGGUUGCGCACCGCCAGUCGAAAGUGGCAACAAAUGGACGAGUCGGAGUUCCAGCCGUUGAACAAACUCGUCGCCAUGAUCGAGAGGGAGCAGCGGCGGAUGGAGAAACACCGAGACAAGUUGCACGAGCCAACUCCGAGGACGAGUGCAUUGAGUCGAGUGCUCGAUUCCGCGUCACCGGAGAAACGGGAGGUGCUCGUGCACACGGCGACCGGGUUCUACAGGUUCGAGGGCAUUUCGCAAGAGUUCACCAAAAAAUUGUACGAGUGGGAAAAGAGUCGGGGUAUUGCGCCGGAGUUUUCCACUUUGCAGCUGCUCGACCCCUCGUACGAAGUUCUUUCCAACGACCCGGGCACCAAAAAUUCGCGUGAAACAGGAUCCAAGUCUCUGCAAAGGUCCAAAUCGAUGAGCAGCGUCGUGGAAAACAGUACACGGGAAGCAACUCUGAUCCGUCAGCCAUCCAGUUUGUCUUUGAAUGACGUAGAAAAUUUAGAAAACGAAGCAAAAUUGCGAAGCGAUUCCAAGCAAACGAUCGGCGAGGAGGAAAUGUCGGAGGAGCUAGCGAUCGACGAUUCCGAGCCGGAGGCCGUGAUCGUCGACAUCGAGGACGUUGUCGAGGAGACCGCGAGUCCAAUGGCCAAGUUACAACCGCAACAGACACCGGUUUACUGCGUCACCGCGAGCGAAACCACCAGCAUUGCCGUACCACUCGGCACCGUCACUGCUAGCCACGAGCCCUCACCGGUCAUUCUCAUACAACCCGGAGAAACUCACCAUUCUAGGAUCGAGAGGCAUUGCAGGUGUACUCAGUUUCGUGAUAAUGACCGAAGCAACGGCAGCGCGGAAACUUAUUCCAGCAAUGCUCAUAUUGCAGUCGACAAUCACAGGAAUAAUGACACGUUGAGCGACGAUCAUCGGAAAAGGUACUUUGAGCCAACUGAAGUGAAAAUUUGUGAAACGAUCAUCGAGGAGGAUACAACGUCGUCACUUAAAGAAGGGGAGUCCAAUGCCGAUGCCGAAACAUCUAGCGUUAAGACCGAGGAUGACGUUGAAUCGCUCAAAGAAGUGGAAAUAAUGACUAACGUCGGAUCAGGUAGUUUCGAGAACUUUGACCAAUACAACCAAGUGCUCAGGAUAAAUAGGACCCCACAUCUCACACGCGCCGGACUCAGUUCACCAAUAUGUGAUACACUAGAGAGUGCGCCAUCCAAAGUCAAAGUCAUCGAAGCCACAAACACCCCGGAUGCAAAGAAGGUAGCGGAUGCCGAGGCCGAGGUUCGGACCUUGGACGACAGUGUAAUGGUGAAUCACAAGGUCAUAGACAUAAGCGACGCUAUAAUCACCGUGAGCAACGAGGCGAGACCAAAAAAAAUGCUGAAAACCCGAAGACUGACCGACACCCAGGUCGGCUACAAGUGGCAGCAGGCCUCUGGGACCAUCGAGGAAGCUCCAUCGCCAGAUCCACAGGACGCCCUGACCGUCUCCACGUACCCGGAGACUCCGAGCGUCGAAAAGAUAAUCCUCAACGAGAGCACUUUGAACAAAAUCAUCGUCCCCACGGCAUCGAACGAGCAAAUAUCCAACAUCGCAGCCCUGGGCGAGCCCAAGGAGCCGAAGGCAAACGACCACGGGGAGCCGCACCGCAGGAGACUCAACAUAAAAUCCGAGUCCAAGAGCGUCUUCGUCAAGACGAAGCGCAUCAUCUUCUCCCCCUUCAGCCGCCGCAACAGCAAAGACAAGCAAGCCCUGCCCAAAGAGGAGCCAAGUAGCCCCGUCGCACCAGCCCCGUCCAGCCCCGGCCAAAAGCUCCCGGACAUACAACGAAGCAAAUCCAGCUCCGAGUGCCCGGCCACCCUGAUCCAGCGACCCCCUCUGCCCCAGUCGCCCAUCCUCUCGCGCAAGGAGUACAGGCGCUCGUCGCCGAAGGAAACUGCGCCCAGCAUCCGCAUGAUGAUCCAGCGGUACAACCAGAAGCUCCAGGAGGACGCGAGCAGUCCGGCCAGCAGUGGAAGUGGCUCACCCAUCUGGCGGUCGCCAACCAGCGAACGCCGAGUCCGCACCCAAAUGGAGAGGUACCAGGAGGAGGUGCAACGGGCCGUUUCCGGAUCUCCCAGGAACCGCGUCGAGGAGCUGUCCCACAAGAGACUGGAGAAGAGCGCGAGCGCCGGAAUCAUCCAGUCACCACCAUCCACCGCUCGGGCCAGCAACAGGAGAAACAGCCUGAAGAACGCGGAGAUAUUCACCAACAUAAAGCAAUCGUUGGCCCAAGAGUACAAAGUCCUGCCGAUCAAGACGGAGCGCUUGUACGCGAACUCCGAAGUGCCGGGCGGCCAAGCGACCGCGAGCGAGAACUCGACUCCGCUGAGGGCGCAGAGGAUGAAAAAGGCAAAGGACGAUUUCUUCUCGCACGGGCCCAGUUGUUGCUCCCACGAUGCCCGCGCUCCGGAGCUGAACAGCAAAAUGGAGUUUAUGAGGUCGGCGAGCGCGGGGAUGAUCAACGUCGACACGAGGACGUUCGAGCGUUUGUCGACUACGGCGGGUGAAGACGCGGAGGCGUUGCCGAGGGUAGACAAGGCUUGCGCCGAGGUGGCUGGGGCCUUUAGCAAAAUCGCGAGUAAAUUUCGGCGGGCGAAGCUCAAAAGGGGGAAGGAUAGAGACGGGAAAAUGAGCACGGUGUCCAUGCUGUGUCGGCAGAGCCUUCUGGUGGACAUACAGGCGGGGGAGAUGUCCAAGAGUUGUCCGACGUCGCCGUCCCCGCACAGGGACGAGGACGACGUUUACAGGUUCAAGCAGCACCGAGAGAGCAAAUAAAAUUACCGAUUCGUGCGUUAUACAUAAUGGAGGUAUUUUUAACGGUUGAGUACAAUUUUGUUGUUAAUUUUAUCAAUGUGUAAGUGACUUUGUGUUUUUUCAGUGCAAUUUUUGUGCAACGUUUUGUA